AUUCUCACCUCAACACAACACAACAAUCUUUUUAGUUUUUGCUACUCAAAAACACUUGUUCAAGUUUAGUCUUGACAAAGUCUUCAGCAAAAUCUAGCAUGGGUUCUGCAGGCAAAGCUUCAUGGAUGGUGGCAAUGAGUGUUGGUGCAGUGGAGGCUCUCAAGGACCAAGGUAUUUGCAGAUGGAACUAUGCCUUCAGGUGUCUUCACCAACGGGCCAAGAACAACAUGAGAUCAUUUUCUCAAACCAGAAGAAUGUCUUCUUCUUGUUUAGAGAACAUGAAAGCAGAGCAAGUUGACCAGAAGGCGAAGCAAUCCGAGGAAUCUCUCAGAAAAGUCAUGUAUUUAAGCUCUUGGGGGCCUUAUUAGCAAGACAACCUGUAAUAUUUUGUAUUAAUAUAAAAUUCCACUCGGAGAAGAAAAAUUUAGAGUUGAGACGUAUAUAAAUGCAUGCAAAAGCUUUGUUCAA